AUGGCCGCAUCAUCUGAUUCACAACCAUCACAUGAUUCACCAAGAGAGCCUGAAACUUCAUGUAGAGGGAAAACAGACAUUGCUUGGAUGUAUGCAAUGGAAGAGAAAGAUCCACUGACUAAGACAAGAUCCAUAACAUGUGUGGUUUGUCUGAAAAAUAUUAUCGGUGGAGGAAUCAAUAGGCUGAAGAAGCAUCUUGCUGGACAAAGAGGGGAAAUCACACCUUGUAAAAGAGUUAGUCUAGAUGUUCGAUAUCAAAUGCUAGAGUCACUAAAAGAGACAUCUACAAAGAAGCGACAAAGAGAGGUUAAGGCUGACGACGACCAGGAUAACGAAGUUCAGGAAAUUGAAGAACUUAUGUUGGACACAGUCGCUGCAGUUGGUCUUGGAUACAAGGCUCCUUCAUAUGAUGAUAUUCGUACUAAGUUAUUAAGAUCUAUGGUUAAAGAAGUACGAUUAUUUGUUGAAAGUUUCAGCAGGUUUUGGGAAGAUACAGGUUGCACUAUUAUGGCAGAUGGUUGGAAAGAUACAAGUAACCGCAGUUUAAUUAACUUUUUAGUUGAUUGUCCAAAGGGAACUGUUUUCUUAAAAUCAGUGGAUGCUUCUGACAUGGUGAAGACGGGAGAAAACCUUUUCAAUUUUCUUAAAGAAAUGGUUGAAAUUGUAGGUGAACAACAUGUUGUUCAAAUGGUAACAGAUAAUGCUAGCAAUUAUGCACUUGCUGGAAGAUUGUUAGAAGAAGCAUUCCCUAAUAUGUACUGGACGCCAUGUGUUGCACACUCUACUUGCUCGAAGGUUGUUAAAAUUAGUGAACCAUUUGUUCUUGUGUUAAGGAUGGUGGAUUCAGAAGAUAAGCCUGCAAUGGGUUUCCUGUAUGAUAGUAUUAUUAAGUAUAGUGAGGACAUGUCUAAGGAUCCUAGAAUCCAUUCUUGUGUCUUAGACGAUAUUGAAAUUGUUGCAGGAUAUAAUCAAACAUUGAAGGACAAGUUCAUGAAAGAGAAGCAAACUUUUCAGGAAGCAACAGAUUGGAUAAUAAUUAUAUAUAUGCAUGUUAUUUAUUUAUGGUGGAGAAACUUCGGUUGUGCUACUCCAAAUCUUCAGAAAUUGGCUAUUUGA